GAUGGCUCUCUGAAUUAGGCAGAUUGGUUUACACUUAUUUAUUUGGCCAGCGGUUCACCUUCUGCUUUUAUCGGGAGCAGGAAGGAGAAAAAAAGGACGCAUCACCUGUGCUCAUCGGGAUUCCUGCCAACGGCUGCAGAAAACAGAAAACUGCUUUUGCCGGAAAAAAACAAAAAAAGCUGCAAGCAAGAAUAAACAAGUACGACUGGGAAUUGAGAAUCAUGUCAACUUCAAAUUCGGACACAGAAAUUAAAUCUGAACAAGUGUCUACUUGUGUGAAUCCAGGAAACCCUGUGUUUUCAUGUAUGCUGGACCCCAAGACCCUCUGUACAGCUACCUCGCUGUCAAAACCUCAGAUGAUUAUGUAUAAAACCAAGUCAAGUGAUUAUGGGGACUUUUCACCCAUCCCAGAGUUUCUUCCCUGCAGUUACACUCCAAAGGAACAAGCAUUCUCAUGCCACCUCAGAGCAACCGGAUUUUAUCAAAACAACACUCUAAACACUGCACCUGACAGAACCAGAACCCUUGACUUCCCUAAUUUUCAGCACACUCUAUAAAAAAUGUUCCUUUGCUUAUUUAAGAGAAAAAAUAUUUUUAAAAAUGAGUUUAAAAUCUAAAUCUAAAACACUUGAAUAUUAAAAGAAUUAGACCAAUUAAAAUAAAACUUUUAAUAAAUAAAACUUUUCAACUAAAUGACUUCUUUGAUUUGAAUGUUCUCCAUGACAGUGAGUUCUUAAAUG